AUGAUUUGGUAUGUGGCCACUUUGAUAGCAAGUGUAUUCAGCACCCGAGGAACGGCCGCUCAAGGUUCCCACGGUGUGCGAGAGGAGCCCCAAUUUGUGACAGCACGUGCAGGAGAGAACGUCAUCCUGGGAUGUGAUGUGUCCCAACCUUUAAACGGCCAACCCUACGUGGUGGAGUGGUUUAAGUAUGGAAUGCCAAUCCCCUUUUUCAUCAAUUUUCGAUUUUAUCCUCCUCAUGUGGACCCAGAGUAUGCCGGCCGGGCCACUCUAUACGGCAAGUCCUCCCUUCGGAUAGAAAAUGUUCGUUCCGAUGACCAGGGCUGGUACGAGUGUAAGGUGCUAAUGCUCGAGCAGCAGUAUAAUACUUUUUACAAUGGCAGUUGGGUGCAUCUAACCGUCAAUGCUCCUCCUACAUUCACAGAUACGCCACCUCAAUAUGUAGAGGCCAAAGAGGGAGGAAGCAUCGUUUUGAGCUGCAUUGCCUUUGGCAACCCUAAACCCUCGGUCAGCUGGUUGCGGGACGGCAACCUUCUGGUCACCAGUGCCAAGUAUAAGGUAUUUGAUGGGAGUUUGACUGUGCUAUCCAUCGCCCGAGAGGAUCGUGGUGCCUAUACUUGUCGAGCCUUUAGUCCCCAAGGAGAGGCUGUUCACACAACACGGCUGCUAGUUCAAGGCCCUCCAUUCAUUGUAUCACCACCAGACAACAUUACAGUGAACAUCUCGCAAGACGCCUUCUUCACAUGCCAGGCGGAGGCUUACCCCCGAAACUUGACCUAUACCUGGUUCUGGGAGGAAGACAAUGUCUUUUUUAAGAAUGACCUGAAGCGCAGAGUCAGUGUUUUGAUUGACGGAUCCCUUAUUAUCGCCCAAGUCAAGCCAGAGGAUGCCGGGAAAUAUACUUGUGCUCCUAGCAACAGCCUUGGCCUACCACCGACUGCCUCAGCCUACCUGACUGUGCAAUAUCCUGCCCGGGUUGUAAACAUGCCAUCUGUACUCUACGUGGCCAUUGGACUGCCGGGCUUUAUCCGAUGUCCUGUAGAUGCCAACCCGCCUGUAACUUUGGUUAGGUGGAAAAAAGAUGGUCUCCCACUUCGGAUAGAUAAGUACCCUGGUUGGAGCCAAAUGGACGAUGGGAGCAUCCGUGUGGCAGAGGUGACAGAGGACUCUCUCGGCACCUAUACCUGCAUGCCUUACAAUGCCCUGGGUUCCAUGGGUUGGUCCCCUCCUGCUCCCCUGGUGCUAAAGGACCCUCCCAAAUUCUCAGUGGUCCCUGGAGGGCAGUACAGACAGGAGGCUGGGAGAGAGCUGGUUAUUCCAUGUGAAGCAGAAGGAGACCCCUUUCCCAAUAUAACAUGGAGGAAGAAGGUCGGAAAGCCCAGUAAAAGCAAGCACAACGUUCUGCCUCGAGGCAGUUUACAGUUUAAGUCACUUACAAAGGAAGACUAUGGGGAAUGGGAGUGUGUUGCCACCAACGUCGCUACAAGCAUCACUGCCAGCACGCAUGUCCAGGUCAUAGGCACAAGCCCCCACGCUCCUACCAGCGUCCAUGUGGUGGCAUCCUCCACAUGGGCCAAUGUAUCAUGGGAUGUGGGCUAUGACGGAGGCUUCCAGCAGACAUUCUCAGUCUGGUAUGGCCAUGUGCUAAAAAGGGAGCGUUUAGGUCCACAUGACUGGCUCUCAAUGCCUGUGCCAGGAGGCCAAGAGUGGAUGGUGGCGCCUGGCUUGGAGCCCGAGACAACAUACCAGUUCAGCGUCCUAGCCCAAAACAAGCUUGGCACAGGACCCUUCAGCGAGGUUGUCACUGUGAACACAUUAGUAUUUCCUAUAAGUACCCCUGAACCACUGGUGCUGCUUACCCCACCACGGUGCCUCACAGCCAAUCGCACGCAACAGGGAAUUCUGCUUACCUGGAUUCCGCCCGCCAAUCACACAGCACCAAUCCAGCAUUAUAUCAUGGAGUUUCGCCUCGGAGAACGAUGGGAGGUCCUGGACGACAGCAUCCCUUCAAGUGAGACAGAGAUGCUUGCUCGCGACCUCAUUCAGGAGUCCUGGAAUGAGUUCCGUGUCAUGGCCGUCAUGGAUGGCACGAUUAGUGAGCCGAGCAACGUAGUCGGUGUCUCCAAUACAGACUUCUUUCCACCUCCUGAGAUGGUUGAGGAAUCAGGGUUGGCACGACCAGUUGUGGCUGGCAUCGUGGCCACUAUCUGCUUCUUGGCUGCAGCCAUCCUUUUCAGUACAAUGGCAGCCUGCUUUGUCAAUAAGCAGAGGAAGCGAAAGCUAAAAAGGAAAAAAGAUCCCCCUCUUUCCAUUACGCACUUAAGAAAAAGUAUGGCAACACCGCAAUCUUCAGGAAAGACUAGUCCAGAGAGCAUUCGUUCAAAGACACCCUUAUCAGAAACAUCUGAGGAUAGCCCUGACCGACAUGAUAAGAAAACACCCCCAAGUCCAGGGAAGAAAGAGGAGUUGUCUCUAUACAAGAAGACUAAAAGAGCAAUAACAAGCAAGAGGUAUACUAUCUCAAAACCUGACGCUGAAGCGACACCACCAAUUGAACUCAUCAGCCGUGGCCCAGACGGGCGUUUUGUGAUUGAUCCUACCGAUGCGGAUUUUGCUGUCAAGCCCCGACGAAUUGAAGGGUUUCCCUUUGUGGAAGAAUCCGAUCUGUAUCCUGAAUUUCGCCAAUCAGAUGAAGAGAACGAGGAUCUUAGGCCUCUUCCGCCAGUUAUGGCUCCACUUCGGCCUCAUCAGAUUUCACCCAUCUCAAGUCAUGAGUCCUACCUCCAGCCUCCAGCCUACAGCCCUCGUUUCCAGAGGCCCUUCGAAGGUAUGACUAUUAUGGAGAGCAGUCGACUUCAGGCUACAGGGCAAAUUCGAGGCUCUCUCCAUCACAGGGCUUUCUAUGGCUACCUGGGUUCCCAUGGGGAUCAUGAUCCUCCUCCUCCUUUUUACAUGACAGAUACCAGUCCGCUUAGCUCCGUCAUGUCCUCCCCUCCAUACCUGACUGAAGGUCCUUUUGGUUACCCUAUGAUCCCAGAAGAAAUGGCAGAGAGUGAUUUCACGCAAUAUGCCGUUUCUGGCUUCCCCUAUCCUUUGACACUCACUUCUUCCUCCCGUUCACCAGAAUUUUGGCGGGGAAUGGAUUUUACAUUUUCAACUGUAGAGGGGCCCCAGUUAAUUUUUCCACCACACCACUCUUUGCAUCUCCGCCACGAUUCUCCCUAUCCACCCCCAGCCUCUGUUCUUCCCCUUAGUGCUUUUCAGACUUCCUCUCUCCCAAUGCCUACCUAUCCAUCUGUGCUGCCACUUGAAGCACCGCAGAGCUACUCUAGCAGGUCUCCCAGUAGGACCAGGCCUCAUGGUUCUCCAGCCAGGCAUAUAGCUUUGCAAGAGGCACAUUUAGGGCAGCUAAGACGUCCACAACACAGUGUGGGUGCUCCAGUUUUGCCUUACACUGAUCCAAUGGCCCAUAUUGGCCCUAGCACCCUCAGUAGCCUGGAUACCAGAUGGUUUGAAUCUACCCCCCAUUUUAGUCCAAGGCAGGCUCGUAGAAUGGACUCUGGUGUGCAUCAGGUGGUUCUCCAGCCCUCUCGACUUUCCCCUCUUACCCAAAGCCCCUUUAGUUCUCAGGAGGGUUCCCCUGAAAUUGUCGUACGUCCAAGGCCCCGUCCAAACAUUAUUCAAGCUCCAAAACCCCCAGAGAUGUCUGAGAUUACACUUCUACCGCCUUCCACAGCCACCUUCUCAAGGAGAUCUUCUCCUUCUUCCUCGCCUGCGCUAGGCCAGGGUAGCAGAAGAGCCAGUCCUAGCUAUCGUUCCCAUUUGGCUUUUGCUUCAUCUGCAACCAGCUAUCAAGCUUCCCAAUCUCCGUCACCAUCCGUGGAAAGCAUCAACAUGUUUGGCCAGAUACCGUCUCACAGGAGGACUGAAGAGGAAGUACUUCCAGCUGAGCCCUCUCCAUCCCAGUUGUCAGCUUCAGGAAAACGUCGAGGCGCGCCGAGUGUCCUUUCGGGGUCUGAGAGGUUUGAUGCUCUGAGAUACCAACGCAUUAGAAAGGCUAAGAAGAUGACAAUGAAUAACAAUAAUUCCAAGACUCGGAGGAAAGCAGGUGUCUCUGCCUCUCAGACCCAACAGGCUCACAUCACUCAGGUACUUCAGCCCGAAGAAGCGCUCUACCUCCACAGGAAGAAGAAACGGCUCCUUCUUCACGAUCCAUACACUCGCUUCUCUGCUCUGCUGUACCGACGUCCCCUUCGAGAAGACCAGAAGGCUAUUUUGGCUUGUAUGGACAACGUAGAACUAGACCACGCUACCUUCCUCUGA